AUGGUUUACAGUGUUGCCGUCCCUGGUGUGUCCCAGGCGGAUGUGCACGUUUCCGGGUGCAGCAUGAACAUCAAGGAGAUCGACCUCGGUGCUGUCUUCUUCUCGCGUGAGGACAAGGAGACACUGGCCCUCGUCACUUCUCUCGAUCUCUCUCAGAACCACAUUGAACAGCUGCGUCACCUCGACGCACUGGUGUCUCUGACGCGGUUGGCUGCGAGCUACAAUCAGAUCGCCGUUAUCGGCUCACUCCCCGUCACCAUCACGCACCUGGACGUGGCGCACAACAAGUUGCUGUCGCUGGACGCCGUCGGCCAGCUGCCGCACCUGCGCGAGCUGAAUGUGAGUUACAACCGCCUCAAGAGCCUUGCAGGGCUCGCGCACACGCAGCCGCUUCAGGUACUGCGUGCGGAGGGGAAUCGUCUCGUGAGCACCGUCGGCUUAGAGGGCAUGGCGCAGCUGCGUCUGCUGAGUCUCGACCAUAACUGGAUCGAUAACGCCAACGAGCUGCUCUUUCUCUCCUCGACGCCGUCGCUGGAGAUGCUCUCGCUGCGAGAGAACCCCGUUACAAACAUGGACGGAUAUCGCGCACUCGUGGCACAUCUGCAACAUGCGGUGCUCUCCCUGGAUGGUGUGCCACUUUUGAGUAAGGGGGAGACAUCGCUCUUAGAUUCAACAGAGUCGCCGCGGCCAAUCACGCAGGCGGCACCGCAACCGAUGCCGUUCUCUCCAGUAACACGCGGUGGCCCCACAAGUGUUCCGGCGCCUGAAACACACUUAACGAACUUUGCUGCCCACGAUGAUUGUCUUAAGGGCCGAUUGGCGCGAGCGGCUGCUGAAGUUCCCGUAGGCCCCAAAAAGAGGAAAUUGGCGGGAGCUGCGACGGGUGUUGUACGGAGGUGCGCAAGUACCGAUGGCUGCAGUGCUGUCCCCUCCCUUAGUGACUCACAACACCGAGAAGAACAGUAUCACCAGCACAAGCAUUGUCAGCAGCCGCUGACGCUGGCGAAGGUAAGGUCUGCAGUUACAGUGCCUCGCGGGGGCAAAAAGGCAGCAAUGGCUAUCACUCCUUCCGCUGCGGAUUCGACAAUGGUCGUCGUUCCAGUAUCAUCGCAUACCCUUGAUCGAGAGUUGCACGAUUCCAAAGUUCUGGUGGAGGAACUUCGUAAGGAAAACGAAUACCUUCGCACACGCAAUAAGACAGUCACAGAACAGCUAAAGGAGGCCCGGCGUGUGGUGUCCUCACAGUUGGACGAUAUCAGCGAGCUUCGGUUGCGAUUAGGUGCCGCAGAGGAGAGGGAAAAAGAGUUAAAAGAGCGUCUGGACAAGAUCAAACGUAAUGCUCGCGUUGUUGAUAGGCAUUCGCACAACACUCUAGAUGCAAUGGCCAUUGAGCAAGAGCGCUUGAAGGCUAUUUAUGAAGCGCAGGUUGCGGACUUGCGCCGCCAGUUGAAGCGCGCCCAACAAAAGUCUUCUACAGUUCCCAAUUCAAAGGCGCCCCAACAACAGCUGCCACAACAACAGCAGCAGCAGCAGCAGCAGCAGCAGCAGGGCAACAAACAGCUCCAGCGCACUGUACAGAAAGCUGGAUGUUUUGAUGGUGAUGAUGGUGUAGAGGUUCGGCAAGUGUUGUUGGAUGAUACUCCGAGCACCGUCACUGGCGGCGACCACAGCGCGUUACUUCUCUUGCCAGCGGGUGAAACGGAGUUAAAUACACCAAACCGUCCUCUCGCGCUUCGCGCCGCUGGCAUCGGGAAACUCGCUGGUGAACUCAAGAGCUGGCUGUACGCUGAGAUGGCCGAAGACGCACGACGGUCGGAGGAAGAUCGUGUUCUGGAGCAACUGCGUCAGUCUCUUGAACAGAGCGACACCACUGUGACAGAUCAUCAGCUACUGCAACACCACCAAGACCAAGACCAACAACAACAACAACAACAACCGCAGCAGCAGCAGCAGCUGACCGCUGGUGCACCAUAUCUGAUGCCUUCGCUCGAGUCGGCGCAUCAUGUAGGAAACACUAAUGCGGAUGUUUCGCCUCUCUUUGAGACAGAAACCAUUGCUGGGGAGCUAAAGGAGCGUGCGACAGCACGUGCCAUUGCGGGUCGAGUGAUGGAGGUGUGCCACGACUCGCUGAGCCGCAGUGUUCCUCGGUUGUAG